AUGGGUCUCAAGGAUAAUUUGGAAAAAAUUGGCGUUACCCGGAAACAGAUCUAUCGUGGAUCGUCAGCAUCAUUAAAUAUAGCCAUAUCCAAUUCGCAAAUUGUUGAAGUUGAUGAAAAAACCGGUAAAGUUUUAUCACGUACAAAUUCCGAAGCAAGUGCCCAUACAUUUCAACCAGAAACACUAGAAAGAGGUUUAAAAUCAAGGCAUGCACAAUUGAUUGCUAUUGGUGGUGCUAUUGGUACUGGAUUAUUUGUUGGAUCAAGUACAGCUUUAGUCACUUGUGGACCAGCUUCACUUUUUCUUUCUUAUGUUAUCAUGUCCUCGGUGGUUUACUUUGUCAUGCAAAUGUUGGCCGAAAUGACAAUUUUUUUACCGGUACCAGGAAAUGGUCCGUUGGCAUUCAUUAACGAUUGUUUAUCUCCAUCUUUUGGAUUUGCAUUUGGUUGGAACUACUGGUAUGCUUUUAGUGUAUUGGUGGGGGCUGAAGUCACUGCAGCUGCAGUUGUUAUUGAAUAUUGGACCAAAUCCGUGAGUACAGCGGUGUGGAUUACCAUCUUGUUGGCAUUAAUCAUAAUUAUGAAUAUGACCUCGGUUAAAUUCUUUGGUGAAGCUGAGUUUUGGUUUGCUUCGAUAAAAAUUAUUGCCUUGGUGGGGUUGAUUAUCUUGAGUAUUGUGUUGUUCUUUGGUGGAGGACCGAACCAUGACAGAUUGGGGUUCAGGUACUGGAAACAUUCACCAUUCAAAGAGCAUCUUACUGGAGGCUCUACAGGAAGAUUCUUAGGUUUGUGGACUGCUAUCAUCAAGUCAGGUUUCUCAUACAUUACAUCACCAGAAUUAGUAUCUACCACCAUGGGAGAAACUGUUGCUCCAAGAUACAAUGGUGCUAAAGCAUCUCGUCGUUUUAUUUGGCGUUUAAUCUUUUUCUAUGCUUUGGGUACUUUGAGUAUAAGUGUCAUCGUUAGCUCCAACGAUAAGCAAUUGUUUGGUGGUGCUUCUGAUGCAUCCGGCAGUGCAUUCACUGUUGCCAUAAAAAAUGCUGGUAUAAAGGGGCUUAACCAUGUUAUUAAUGCUGUUAUUUUAACAUCAGCCGCAUCAGCUGGUAACUCGUUCUUGUACUCGGCAUCAAGAGCAAUCUUUUCCAUGGCUCAAAGAGGUAAAGCACCAAAAAUAUUCACAACUGUUAACAGAUUUGGUGUUCCCUACUAUGCUGUUGCCAUCUCAUCAAUUUUUGGAUUUUUGGCAUACUUGAAUGUUUCCUCCUCCUCAGCAAAUGUCUUUAACUGGCUUACAAACAUUUCCACCAUUUCUGGAUUCUUGGCUUGGUUAGCUUUAGGGUUCACUUAUCUCCGUUGGAGGAAAGCCAUUGCUUUCCAUGGUCUUAGUGGUAGAGUUCCAUACAAAUCGAAAUUGUUACCUUAUGGUGCCUACUACGUCAUCUUUAUGAUGUCUAUAAUCACAAUCACCAAUGGAUAUGCCGUGUUUUUUGAUUUCAAUGGUGCUGAUUUUGUUGCUGCUUAUGUUACUUUACCCAUUGUUAUCGGGUUAUACGCUGCCCAUCGUAUUUAUGAUUAUUGGAAGAAUGGAACCAAGAGAUGGUUGGUUCCUAUUGAAGAAAUUGACUUGGUAACGAACUUGGACUUGGUUGAAGAAGAGGAACAAAAUUAUGAGCCUCGUGUUCCAAAGAAUUUCUUACAAAGAUUUUGGUUCUGGUUAGCCUAA